GUCUAGUCCGCCUAGCUUGUGAAGCUGCCUCCCUGACAUUAGUUUUGGCAUGUCUACAUUACUAGGAAAGGCAUAUACUGGUAAUUAAGAAUUAAUUUUCCUGUUUAGUGGAUAACUCUCUUUAGUUUGAGACAAAGGCAUGUGGGCACACCAGCUACAUACUACCUGUGAGGAGAUUGAUAGGGGGUUAUAACCUCUACUUUAGGGUUAAUGUUUUUACUAUUUGAAUACAAGAGUUAAGUAAAUACUAUAUAAUCCACACGAAAGACUCCAAAAGCAAUUUGCCGCCACCACCCCUUCCUGCGUUCGAAUUGUAAAUAAAAGAAAACACAAUUUACAUAAUUUAUCGUUCAUUAGCUAUUAACGGCCAUGGUACAACCCUUUCAACACAUGGAUCCUGGCAGCCUUGAUAUAACUUUGGUGAAGAGUUUCGUAGUGGCUUUCUAAAUCCGAAAUUUACAUGAUAAAUGUGACGUUCUAAUUGUAAUUCCUCCCCCUUCCCCUUCUCGCAUCAGAUGAGUGUACUCUAGUGCUUGGAUCUCUACGGCUCUUCCAUGCGCGAACUUCCACGUGUGACGCACAUUUUCGGCGACUCUCAUAGUAUAGUCGUUUUCAGUAGCUAAUAAAACAUGGCGGAGACUGCAGAGGGUAAGAUUUAAAUACAUACAUUUGUUGCGGUUGUUCAUUUUAUGUGUUCAUUCGUAUUACUCUCGGGAGAAAGGAUUUACACAUCCGACAAUAUUGUCGUUGCCCACAAGGUUUGCGAAAUAUCGCUGUCUCGUGGGUGGCGGUACACUGGCGGCUGAUCAUCAUCCUCUGGUUAUUAGUAUGGACUCGAUAUCAGAUAAAUGAAAUGCCAUAAAAUAAGAUUCAGUGUAAACCUCAACAAAGUAUCCUAUAACCAAUGUAAUGUAUGCUACACCCACUGACCUGCACUAGCUUGCAGGCCAGAUUACACUGCUUUUGUGUGUUUUUCUGCCGCCUGGCUUACUUAUCAAUGUGCAUUGUCACAGCUUGAAUUUUGUUAGCCUCAUUUUUUUUUUUAUUCCACUUGAUCUCAUUUUUGAGAGUCCUUAAAGGACCACUCUAGGCACCCAGACCACUUCAGCUUAAUGAAGUGGUCUGGGUGCCAAGUCCAGCUAGGGUUAACCCAUUUUUAUUUUUUUAUAAACAUAGCAGUUUCAGAGAAACUGCUAUGUUUAUGAAUGGGUUAAGCCUUCCCCCUAAUCCUCUAGUGGCUGUCUCAUUGACAAUGCUUUCCUAUGCGACGGGCUGAAUGCGCGCGUAGCUCUUGCCGCACGUGUGCAUUCAGCCGACGGGGAGGAGAAGAGGAGGAGAGCUCCCCCGCCCAGCGCUGGAAAAAGGUAAGUUUUUACCCCUUUCCCCCUUCCAGAGCCGGGCGGGAGAGGGACCCUGAGGGUGGGGGCACCCUCAGGGCACUAUAGUGCCAGGAAAACGAGUAUGUUUUCCUGGCACUAUAGUGGUCCUUUAAUUUGACGUGUGUGCAGUUAUUUAGUAGAUUAGUUAAAAAGAUACUAUAGUGCCAGGAAAGCUGUAUUCCUGUUAUUAUAGCUUCCCCACUACCUUGCGCUCCCCCUCCCACCCCGGUACCUAAAGGGUUAAAACCCCUUUAUUUACUUAUCAGAUCCAAGUGCCAAUGCCUUUCGGCGCUUGGAUGCGACUCCGUCUCCACCGACAACCCUCGACAAGCAGGCCCUAAGACCUCCCAGUAGGAAAGCAUUUAAUCAAUACUUGCCUAUGGGGAAAUAGCUGGUGCUGGAUAUACUUCAUAAAUGGUUUUCCUCCUUGUGUCUGUUAAGAAGCACAGGUUAUUAUUACUUAUAAAGCGCCAACAAAUUCUGCAGCACUAUUCAAGGAGUGGACUAACGGACACUUCAUUGUAACUAGAUGAGUUGGACGCACAGGAACAGAGGGGUUGGGGGCCCUGCUCAAUGGGCUUACAUGCUAGAGGGAAUAGUGACACGAAAGGUGAGGAAGGUUAGAGGUAGAAAAGUAUUCAAUGAGGGUUUAGUGUGUUUUUUUUUUUGUGUGUUGACUGUUGCAGGAGAGAAAUCAAGGUGCGGGUAGGGAAAGCUGUUACAAGUUUAAUUCAUACACUUUACUGAAGUGUUUUCUCCCCCCCAAUUUAAAGGUAUGGAGACUGGGUGAAAGUCUAAAGGAGAAGGGAAGAGAGUUCUACAGGAAUGGGUGUGUUGGGUUGCUUUUUAUAAAAUGCAAGGAUAACAUCGUAGCUGUUAAUACAUUUGAUUUAGUCUCCCUAAAACAUGCAACUGAAAUUUUGUGUACAGUGUUUAUGUAAUUUAUGGUGUGCUUAGAAAAAGUAAAAACAAACAUAUAUGGUCUCUGUGGUGGAUUUAGGUGUGUUUUGAUCAUCUCCAAAAGCCACAAAAGGCUUUUUGCAAUUUAGAAUGCUAUGGACAUGAUUUUGAUGCAAACACGUGUCCAAACUAGGGGCUUCAUGAUGUAGGAUGAAGUGAUCUUCAAAUAAUUACACAUCUGAGUCACUUAUCCUAUGUAUAGAUGAAAUAAACACUCCAAUAACAUAACUAUUUCAGCCUGCUGGGGUGCCUUCCCAGGGUAAAUAGUUAAUGGUUUGUAAACUUACCUUCACUCUGUUGCAUCUGCCUGUGGAUCUGGAAGGUCCUGCAGGUAGCUUCCAUUAGCUCCACUUCGCUAAGUGCAAGCUAGUUGACUGAGCGUAAAAUAAGCACCUCCCUGUAUCACAGGAUAGCUCAAUGCAGGGAGCUUUCUGGCUGCGGAAGAGCCAGGUUAUUUGUCACCACUUACCUUGAAUGUCUGCCAAGACACUCUAGUGGUUUAAGGUGCUUGGAAUAUUUCUUUAAAAGAACACGCAGAGCUUCACAACUACUUCACCACUUUUAAGUGAAUUAGCAUCCUUGGCCACGUCUCUGCUGUUUGUGCUCGGCCUGUACAUACCUUGUUAACUUGGGUGAAGUAGGGUGGGUAGUGAUAGACUCAGAGAACAUAAGCACACUGUCCCGCCAAACCAAAUGCCUAUUAAACACUUUUAAUGCCAUCAUUCUCAUUCGCCCUGUUGCUCCCCCUCAUCCUACAACCCUGUUUGCCUCAAACUUUGCAACUCACUUCACAGUGAAGAUUUCUACAAUCAAUACAUCACCCAACCCCACUCACUAUACUAUUCUAUGCUCACUUGCACCUACUACAGCGGUAGGUUUCUGCUCUGCUCCGGUCCUCCAGCGCACCACCUGUUCCCUUGAUCCUAUUCCCUCGUAUCUUAUCUCUGUCUCACCCUUCAAGCAUGCAACCAUAACGCAUUCAGAAAAAGCCCAACCUUGACCCCAACUCUUUAUCCUUCUACCGCCCUAUAUCGCUACUGCCAAUUGCCUCCAAGAUUCUUGAGAGAGUUAUGUAUGCGAGAUUGACAGACUUCCUCAUAUCCAACUCUCUGCUUGACCCACUUCAGUCUGGAUUCCGCGCUCAUCACUCUGUUGAAACAGCUGUGACCAAAGUAUCCAACGACUUAAAAGCUGCUAUAUCUCGCGGCCAAUACUCUAUCCUAAUUCUCCUUGAUCUUUCUGCUGCCUUUGACACUGUUAAUCAUCAACAGCUUCUUCUCAUUCUCCAUAAUCUCGGUCUAUGAGGUACUGCUCUCUAUUUGUGCUCGUCCUACUCUCCCAGUGCUUUUUCAGUGUUUUUCUCUGUCUCUGCCUCUUCUCCCCAACCCCUCUCUGGCGUUCCGCAAGGUUCUGUCCUUGGUCCUCUACUGUUCUCAAUCUAUAUUGCCUCCUUUGGUAAACUCAUCAGCUCCUUUGGCUUCCAUUAUCAUUUAUAUGCAGAUGACACACAAAUCUACCUGUCCUCUCCUGAUCUCUCUCUGCCCAUCUUGACUCGUGUCUCUGACUGCCUCUCUGCCAUUUCCAACUGGAUGGCUGCUCACUUUCUUAACCUCAGUCUGUCCAAAACAGAACUUCUGGUCUUUCCUCCCUCAAGUGUUGCUACUCCCUUGUCCGUGUCCCUCCAAGUCAAUGGCGCUACUAUCUGCUCUACCUCUAAGGCUUGCUGCUUAGGUUACAUAGUAACAUAUUUACAUAGCUGAAAAGAGACUUGCGUCCAUCAAGUUCAGCCUUCCUCACAUUUGUUUUUUGCUGUUGAUCCAAAAGAAGGCAAAAAAACCCAGUUUGAAGCACAAUUUUGCAACAAGCUAGGAAAAAAAUUCCUUCUUGACCCCCAGAAUGGCAGUCAGAUUUAUCCUUGGAUCAAGCAGUUAUUACCCUACAUUGAAAGAUUAUAUCCUUGAAUAUUCUGUUCUUGCAAGUAUGCAUCUAGUAGCCGUUUGAACAUCUGUAAGGACUCUGAUAAAACCACUUCUUCAGGCAGAGAAUUCCACAUCCUGAUUGUUCUUACAGUAAAAAAACCUUUCCUUUGCCUUAGACGAAAUCUUCUUUCUUCCAGUCUAAACGCAUGGCCUUGUGUCCUAUGUAAAGUCCGGUUUGUGAAUAGAUUUCCACACAAUGGUUUGUAUUGGCCCCUAAUAUAUUUGUAUAAUGUUAUCAUAUCCCCUCUCAGGCGACGUUUUUCUAAACUAAAUAGGUUUAAAUUUGUUAACCUUUCUUCAUAGCCGAUAUGUUCCAUUCCUUUUAUUAAUUUUGUAGCCCGCUUCUGCACUUUUUCUAGUGCCAUAAUAUCCUUCUUUAGAACAGGUGCCCAAAAUUGCACAGUAUAUUCAAUAUGGGGUCUUACCAGUGAUUUAUAAAGAGGCAAAAUUAUAUUCUUGUCCCGAGAAUGAAUGCCCUUUUUCAUGCAUGACAAUACCUUACUGGCCUUGGCCACUGCUGAUUGACAUUGCACAUUGUUGCAUAGUUUGUUGUCUAUAACAAUUCUCAAGUCCUUUUCAUGUGUUGUUAUCCCUAAUUCGCUUCCAUUAAGGGUAUACGUUGCUUGUGUAUUCUUUACGCCGAAGUGCAUAACUUUGCAUUUUUCAGCAUAAAAUUUAAUCUGCCAUUUGAGUGCCCAGUCUCCCAGUCUAUCUAAAUCCCUCUGCAGCAAAGUAAUAUCUUGCUCACAUUGUAUUGUUUUACAAAGUUUUGUGUCAUCUGCAAACACUGAAACAUGACUUUCAAUGCGGUUUUCAAGAUCAUUUAUAAACAUGUUAAAUAGAAGGGGUCCCAGAACAGACCCCUGAGGGACACCACUUGCCAGCUCUGUCCAGCUUGAAAAUUUACCAUUAAUGACAACUCUUUGUACUUUGUUUUUAAGCCAAUGUUCUACCCAAGAACAAGUAUUUUCAUCUAGACCGAUUUCCUUGAGUUUGAACACUAAUCUAUUGUGUGGAACUGUAUCAAAUGCCUUGGCAAAAUCUAAAUAGAUCACAUCCACUGCAACACCCUGAUCUAUACUUCUACUUACUUCUUCGUAGAACGCAAUCAAGUUAGUUUGACAUGACCUGUGCUUCAUAAAACCAUGCUGAUUUUUGCUGAUAACAAUGUUCUUCUCAAGGAAUUCUUGAAUAUUAUCCCUUAAUAAACUUUCAAAUAUUUUACCAGCCACAGAAGUUAAGCUCACAGGUCUAUAAUUUCCAGGCAAGGAUUUUGAACCCUUUUUUGAAUAUAGGAACCACAUCUGCCUUCCUCCAAUCCUCCGGAACACUUCCUGAAAGAAAAGAAUCUUGAAAGAUUAAAAACAGAGGUUCACUUAUUUCUGCACUUAGUUCCUUAAGUACACGUGGAUGGAUACCGUCAGGCCCUGGAGCUUUGUUUAUAUUAACUUUCUUUAGUUGCUGCAGCACCUUGUCUUGAGGUGUUCUCUUUGACUCCGACCUCUCCUUCACCCCUCAUGCCCAAUCAAUCGCCAAAUCCUGCCAUUUCACCUCAAAAACAUUGUGCGCAUCCUACCAUAUUUAGCACCUGAUAUGGCAAAGGUAUCAUGCUGCUGUCCUCUCUCGCUUUGACUACUGUAAUCCGGUUCUCAGUUGUCUUGCGUGUUCCCAACUUGUCCCGUUACAGUCUAAAAUAAAGUCAGCGGCAAGGCUUAUCUUCCUGCCCGCCAGCACCUCCCCGCCAGCACCUUCAGUCCCUCCAUUGGCUUCCAGUAAUGCUCAAUUUAAGAUCCUGACACUUGCUUACACAUCUCUACACAAUGCUGCUCCCACCUACUUAUCCUCACUAAUACACAAAUAUGUCCCGUCUAGGCCCCUACGCUCGGUCGGAGACGUACUCCUACCUCUGAUGCUCACCUUAAAUACUUCUCUAGGGCUGCACUGUUCCUAUGGAACACCCUACCCCUCUCUGUUAAACUCUCACCCAAUCUCCACUCCUUCAAAAAAUCUUUGAAAACGUACUUAUUUAGGAAAGCAUAUCAAUUAAACUGUCAACAGCUUUUCCUCCCUGCACCCUAAUUCCUCUCCUGAAACUGUCAUCAAAACAAAACACUAAACCUUCAGUGAAUAAUAUCCUAGCAACCUACUUUUCUACCCUACCCUUAUAUUUUGUGUCAUUAUACCCCACUCCCAGUAGCAUGUAGGCUCAUUGAGCACGGCCCUUAAUCCCUCUGUUUCUGUGCGUCAAAUUUGUCUGGUUACAAAUACGUGUCUGUUAGUCCACCCAUUGUACAGCGCUACGUAACUUGUUGACGCUUUAUAAAGAAUAAUAAAGAGAAUGCCCAUAAAGUAUAAUGGGAAGCAACUCAUAAACUCACUGCAGGCAAAUCUGUGUUAUGUAGGAAAUUAAUCUUUACCACAGGUGUUCCCCAAGUACAGCAGCAGAUUGCAAAAUAGAAAUUACCUGGGAUUAUUGCUAUUUUCUAUGGAACGACAGGUGAAUAAUACAAUAGAAUAUAAUUUGAAGCAAUAUGUGACUUGGAAUCUGAACCGUGAAACAUAUUAAGUAAAUCUUUUGCUGGAAUACUCUCCAAAUUCAGUGGCAAUUUUUAAAAUUGAGAUUAAUUGGGAUUAUCAUUGUUUUCCAAGGAAUGACAAGGGUGGAUGACUAAACAGCUUCUUCUCAUCCUCUGUAAUAUCGGUCUACGAGAUACCGCUCUGCUGGUGCACUUCCUACCUUUCCUUGCACUCAUUCAGUGCUUCUUUCUCUGCUUCUUUUCCCCAAUCCCUCUAUGUUGGUGUCCUGCAAGGGUUUGUCUUUGGUCCUCUAUUCUCAAUCUACACUGCCUCCCUUGGUAAACUCAUUAGCUCCUUUGGCUUCCAUUAUCAUUUCUAUGCGGAUGACAAGCAAAUUUAUCUGUCCUCCCUUGAUUUCUCACCACCCCUCUUGACUCGUGUAUCUGACUGCCUCUCUGCUGUUGCCAACUGGAUGGCUGCUCAUUUCCUUAAAUUGAACCUGUCCAAAACAGUACUUCUUGUCUUCCCUCCCUCAAGUUUUGCUACUCCCAUGUCUGUCUCCCUCCAAGUCAACAGCGCCACCGUUACCUCUACCUCGCAGGCUCACUGCCUAGGUGUUCUCUUUGACUCCAUCCUCUCCUUUACCCCCCCAUGUCCAGUUGAUCGCCAAAUCCUGCCGCUUCCAUCUCAAAAACAUAGUUCGCAUCCGCCCCUAUUUAACACCAGACGCAGCUAAGUUGCUGGUCAAUGCCAGCUGGUCCACCCAUUGUACAGUGCUACAGAAUUUGCUAGUGCUAUAUAAAUAUGUGAUGCUCUCAGUCUUUGACUGUUGUCCAUUGCACGUACGGAUUGGUGUGGCCCAUACCAGUUUUAGUAAGGACUUGCCAUAAUGUUACAUUUGUUUUCUCACAGACUUAUGCUAUGUUUUAUUAUAUGCUGUAACUCAGGGCUUGACACAAAUUUAUUUGGAAUCUAGGAGCCAGCUAAAAAAAAUUUGCAUUGCUGACUAGUAACAAUUAGUGACAGUCACUCAGACGGCCACUAAAGGUGAUUUCUAGUCCAGUACUGCACAUUGUUUAGCACCUGCGUUCAGCAUCUCCAAGCUCUGCAUGGAGGCGCUGAAUGUGCCCCAUAGAGAUGCAUUGAUUCAAUGCAUCUCAACAAGGAGAUGUGAUUGACGCAGCAUGGCAUUUGAAGCGGAUGUGCGUUAUCCUCCAAAUGCUUUCCUAUGUGUGAGAUCAUCAAGAUUGAUGAUCUCCGCGAUGGCGGUGUUAUGCAAGCCAUUUAAUAUUCUCUAUGCAUGUCAUUAUUUUUUUUACACAUGCACAAUCGUAACUUCUGCAUUUUUUUUUUUUUUAUUUUUUUUUAGGAAUCAGAGAGGAACUGAUUGAUCGACCCACAAACAAUGUACAGGUUGGAUGAAAGAUUUUUAAAAUGAUUAUAUUUUUACACAAAUCUACAUAAUUUGUUGGUUUGCAAAACCUGUUCACACAGAUUUCCAUCUCGCUUAAGGAGUUUUGGUGGCAUUAUACACAUAAUCAACAUACUUAGUCUUUCUUCCCAUAUAUUUAUUAUAUCCUAUACUUGGGUUCUACAACUCUUGUUAUUUUACCCUUUUUAUUCAGGUCCGUGAAGAAAAUGAGCUUUCUACAGCUGCAAGGCUUGCGCAGGUGAGAGAGUGUGUGUGUGUGUGUGUGUGUGUAUAUGUGUAUAUGUGUGUAUGUGUGUGUGUGUGUGUGUGUGUGUGUGUAUAUAUAUAUAUAUAUAUAUAUAUAUAUAUAUAUAUAUAUAUAUAUAUAUAUAUAUAUAUAUAUAUAUAUAUAUAUAUAUACACACACACACACAAAAGUAAAGAGAUGCUUUAUUGACCAAGGUACAGUUGGAAACUUUGCAUUCCUAUUUCCAUAUAGAAUGUGUAAAAGAUAAAAUUGAAUAUCUAGGUAUAAAGAUAACAACAUUUAAUAUCUCAAAGACAAUUCGGAUAAAUUUUGAUGAUCUAUAUAGGGAUCUACAAUCCCAGAUACAUAAAAUGAAGAGAUUAGAACCAUCUUGGAUAGGAAGAGUUAACAUUACCAAAUCGUACUUAAUGCCAAAACUUACAUACUUUUUUAGGAUGAUUCCAUACAAUAUCGAACGGGGCAUCCUGAAGCGUUUUCAAAAUUUAUUUUCUAGCUAUAUAUGGCGUGAUAAACCACCCAGAAUAGCGACGGAAAUUCUAUGUAGAAGCUACCGGAAAGGGGGAAUAGCAUUUCCUGAUGUGAUUAAGAUGUAUGAGGCAAAUAGGGCCUCCCAACUUAUGACAUGGUUAAAUUUGGACCAAGAAAUAUCUAAAUCUUGGAUUAAAAUUGAACAGAAAUCAGUACCAGGGCAAAAGUUAAAUAUCUUAGGUUGGCUAGGACUUCUGAACCUGGGGGCUCUGGAUAUGGAAAAGUUUCCUAAUAAAAUUAUAGGAGAUAUGGUGGAUUUUGCAAAAUAUUUGAAUAUUAAGCUGAAACUUAAAGGAAAAAUAUUGCUUAAUACACCUAUAGAUAUACUUCAAUAUGCUAUGUCAGAUAUAAAUAUUAAAACUUGGAUUCAUCUUGGCAUUAAAAAAAAUUGGAAAUCUAUACGAAGGAUCUAAACUGGUGACAUAUACACAAUUACAACUAAAAUACAAGUUUUUACCGAGCGAAAUAUUCCAAUACCUAAGGAUCAAGAAUUUCCUCUUAACUAAAAUAUUGAUUAAAGAUCACUAUCUUGAACCCUAUAUUAUAUGCAGUCAAAAAAAGGAGGAAUCUCUAGAUUUAAUAAAUUGUUUGAUAUAUUAGAUAAUGUUGUUGAUGUGCCUCCAUUUGGUAAGUGGGAGAGGGAUAUGGGGAAAUCCCUCCCACUUAAAGAAUGGACAAAUGCUACAAUGUUAGUAAAACAAAGUAUACACAAUAUAUCCUUACUUGAAACGCACUUGAAGAUUAUCUAUAGGUGGUAUAUGGUCCCGGUUAGACUUCAUAAAAUAUCUCCAUCUUAUUCAAAAGAAUGCUGGAGAUGCAAAAGAGAAGAGGGCACUAUGCUACAUAUAUGGUGGGCCUGUUCGGGCCUGAAUAACAUCAAAACUCAAAUGCUAGACUUAAUGAAAAGUAUCUUUAAGGAGGUAGCAAUUAGCCCUGAAAUGUUUCUGUUCAAUAUGGAUUAUAAAACAAAUGAUAAACAACAAAAAUACAUUAUGACACAUAUAUUUUUGGCAAUAAAAAUUAAUAUCGCCAGAGCAUGGAAAUCUCCUAACCCACCACUUUGGCAAGAAAUAAUGGAGCAAAUAAGGUUUCAAUAUAAGAUGGAAUCUCUAACUAAGGAUCUGAAAGAGCUUUGGAUACCCUGGACCUCCAAAUUCCCUAUAUAAUAACGAGUUGUCUGACACCCACCCCUCAUCGAGUCUCAUAUAAAUGUGUUUUUUUUUUGUUUUUUUUUGUGUAUGUUUUGUUGUUGUGAACAUUAAAUAAUGUUAAUGCUAUAAUGUUCCAGAAGAUUAAAUAAUUAUAUAUCACUGUAGUAAAACUAAGGAAGUAAUAUUGAUAUUUAUAAAAUCAGUAUAAUAACUGUCUAUUUGACUAUGUAUAAAAGGAAAGGAAAACAUUGAUAAAUAAAAUAAAUAUAAAAAAAAAAAAAGUAAAGAGAUGCACUCUGAGGACUUAGUAAGUGAAAAAAGGGUAAUUUAUUCCAAUAGGUAUUACAUCAAAAAUUAGCCGUCGGUUCGACCCAUUCAGGUCUUUCUCAAGCUAAUUUUUGAUGUAAUACCUAUUGGAAUAAAUUACCCUUUUUUCACUUACUAAGUCCUCAGAGUGCAUCUCUUUACUUUUGUUUAUAUAUCUUCAAUGCGGGAUUGCACUUAGGCUAAAUUGGAUUUACAUGAAAGGGUGAGUGCCAAGAAUAUUUUUUUUUUUUUUGUGUGUAUGUAUGUAUAUUUAUUUUAAUCGUGUUCAAGUAGAGAUUGUAGCCGUGUUAGUCCAGUGAUGUAGAUGUAAAAAACAGAUAAAAUUCGUAUCUUGUAAUACCUUUUUUAUUGGACUAACAGAAUAUUUUAAUGACCAGCUUUCGGGAGAACCUCCCUUUCUCAAGUCUGAAGCAUUUCUGAGCAAGACGACAGAAAUGCUUCAGACUUGAGAAAGGGAGGUUCUCCCGAAAGCUGGUCAUUAAAAUAUUCUGUUAGUCCAAUAAAAAAGGUAUUACAAGAUACAAAUUUUAUCUGUUUUUUACAUAUGUAUGUAUGUAUGUAUAUAUAUGUAUAUGUAUGUAUAUGUAUAUGUAUAUAUAUAUAUAUAUAUAUAUAUAUAUAUAUAUAUAUAUAUAUAUAUAUAUAUAUAUAUAUAUAUAUAUAUAUAUAUAAAAACAUUUUUUUUUUUUAAAGGUGAUACUCCAAAACAGCUUGGUUGUGUUUAACUGCAGUUUGCAUUUUUCUUAUUUAUUGCACCAACACAUAUUAUAUACCCCCCAUAAUUAGCAAUAAUAACAUGUGCAUAAUAUGUUCAGCUUGGAAAAAGUAAUUCAAAAUACAUUUUUGUCGUGAUUUACAUUGAACAUAAUAUACAUAGGAUUUCAGUUUAUUUUUAAAGUUACAGGUCACAAAAUACAAGGAGUAAAAUAAAAUUCCCAUCUGAAACUAUUUUGGAUGUUUGGAUGUUUGUCUUGUAAGCUUAAUAGCUAUCACAGAAAACAAAAUUUCCCCACAGCAGUAUAUAGUUAUAUAAAGUAGACAUCACACGCUAUAAAGGUUGACACUUUUUUUCUUAGCCAUUUCUCUGCCAAAUUCUGCUAAAUAAUGCAGUAAAUUUGUGCUUUUUCUAUUUUUUUGACAUACACACGUAACAAGGUUUUUUUUUUUGUUUUUUUUUUAUGUGUAUUUCUUAAAGCUGGUGUGUGCUAAGCCCCAUAUUGUGUUCAGCUGCAUCUGCUAAGUACAACAAUACUCCUAUUUUGUGCCGUUGUUACUAUUAUGUGAAGCUACAAUGCCAGGCAAUUUCAGUUUCUAUGGUUAGAAUUUUCAUGGAUGGAUUUGAGGCAUUUUAGCAGUUUGACUGUUCACAUUAGGAUUUCCUUUUGAGAAAGCACACUCUCCAGGUUAUCUUAUAGUGUAUAUUUUGCCUUAAAUUGCCACCAUUCUUUAACCAAUUUAUGUCAAAGUUUGUGCUGGAAAAUGGCAUUUUGUACACCGCUCAAAGAAAAGUUUUAACCAACGAAGGUAAGAAUUCGCCUUGAGGCGUUCUGGCACAAUAAGUACUUGUGUUACUUACUUCCUGUCUACAUGCUCUUAUUUCAUGCUUAUCAUAUUUUUUGCGUGAUUGCUUUUGUUGUCUGCUCUUUUCUUUUUAAUAUCUUGAAGAUUAAUGCUUUAUGUUCUCUCCCAUUCAGAUGGCAGGAAUGCCUCUCUCAGGGCCACCACCAUCUACUACUCUAGGACUUGGGUUCCCAUUGGGUUUGACAUCUCGUAUCAAUUCUGACUCUGAAGGCAGUAAGCCGCAACAGGUAAUCUCAUUAUUUAUUCAAGCUGACAGCCGUCCAAAAGUAAACUAGAUCUGAAUACAUUUUUGUCUUCAUAUUUGCUCAAAAUAUUCAGACUUAGUAUUGUCUAAUACCGAUAUAUUUUUUCCACUAUUCAUAUGUCGCUUAUUCUUACUUAAGAUAUUUCUAUUUUCCAGGCUACUCUUCUUGAGCAAGAUAACUCCACCACACGUUCCUUGCUUCUCCCUAGAGGUAAUUUUCCAGAUUCUGUUGUUCAUACCUUGUCACCUUUUUGGCAUUUUUUUCACAUCGGUUUAUUUUGUGUUUAGGAAACCUUCCCAUUGCAUCCUCCAUACCUCCACUGCUGCCCACUAUCACCCGACCCCGUGUAAUCAACCAGCCACCUACUGAAGAGUUGAGAGAGGUGAGUUGCUCUUGCUUUAGACAAUUGGAACAAAUUUCGCUGUAUAUAAGGCAAAUAUUUUUUCUGAUACUGUUUGUAUCAUAUAAUUCAGUAACAAUGCGCAAUACUGUUGAGGACGCUUUUGAUGAAAAUUUGUUUAAACCCCUAAAAAGUUACAGCCACUAGGCAUUUUGCGUCUGGUCCUUUUAAGAAGUUCCCUAGAACGCACCUAUUUAGGAAAUACCUAAAGUAGGAUCCUGACGAAAGUUCCUUAGAGAACUGAAACGUUGGUCUUCUGUGGUAGAUGCCUGAAUAAAAGCUUUUUUCACAAUAUUUUUGAAAUCCUUGGAGUGCUAUCAUUAUUUAUUUAUAUAUAUAUAUAUAUAUGUGUGUGUGUGUGUGUGUAAAAAUGUCCAGUCCUUGCACUCAGAUGUAUACACAGCAGUACUCUGCAAAUAUAAUUGCCGGGUGCAAUAAAUAGCCACAACCAAAAAUUAUAUACAAAUUGUAAAUAUUGGCCAGCAUUCACAGUCUUGAAGUAAAAUGGUACUUUAUUGAAAAAUCUUAAAAUCGACGAUUCAGCCCACGACCGGGGCUUUCAUCAGGAUCAACCCAUUAAUGAUGAAAGCCCCGGUCGUGGGCUGAAACGUAGAUCUUUUUUUUUUUUUUUAAAGAUUUCUCAAUAAAGUACCAUUUUACUUCAAGAUCGUGUGUGCUGGCCAAUAUUUACACUGUGUGUGUGUGUGUGUGUGUGUGUGUGUGUGUGUAUAUAUAUAUAUAUAAUGUAUGAAUGUAGAUAUAAAAAAUAUAUAUGUAUUUGUAUUUCUUUUUAUAUAAUAAAAAAAAAAAAAAAAUCUAAUUUCUUUCUUUUAGUCUGAUGAUUCAUCAACUGGUCCUAAGAUUCCACAGGUACUUGAGAAGAUUCUUCAACUCAAAGAGAUCAGGCAAGAAGAGAUGGUUUCUAUACCUGUGACUACAGGUAACAAACUAUUAACAUUUGCUUCCGUUUUAAGAUGUAUUUACUUAUUGAAGAGAUUACUUUUUUUUUCUCCUUCCUCUUUUCUUUUCUAGAUUGCUUAGGUGGCUUUAUUCAAAUUGUCGUGGGUUUUUUUUUUUUUUUAACCUUUAUUUACAUAUUCAGUGACAAUAUCAAAAUCAUUAAUGUUUGUUGAUGUGAGAUGACUUCCUUUUUCACAAGACUUUAAAUAUUCUAAAAUCAGAAUCUUAAAAAUCUUUCUGUAGUGUACUCCAUUCUCAUUUUACCCUGCACAGCUAAUGCAGUGUGUGGAAAAUUGUGUAGUUGAAUGAGCUGCUUAAGGUCUGUGUAAGUGUAUAGCUAUUUGUGUAUGUGUUGCUUUCUAACCCUUCAAGACAAGUCCAUGUAAUAGUCCAUGAAAAGUCUUAAAGGGACACUAUAGUCACCAGAACAACUACAGCUUAUUGUAUUUGUUCUGGUGAGUAUAAUCGUUCCCUUCAGGAAUUCAUGUAAAUUUACUUUGCCCCCUAGGGAUACCUCCAGUGGCCACUCCACAGAUGGCCACUGGAGGUGCUUCCUGGGGCAGUGCUGCACAGUGUGCAGCACUGCCGUUCGGCGUCUCCCUGCUCUGCACGGAGACACAGAAUUUUCCUUUAUAGAGAUGCAUUGAUUCAAUGCAUCUCUAUGAGGAGGUGCUGAUUGGCCAAGCCGAGGUUUGGCCUCGUUACACCUCCUUGCCCGAUUUCAGGCAAUCCAAUGCUUUCCCAUAGCAUUGGAUUGGCUAAAUAUUAUGAAUUCUUGCGGACUGAGGGCAUGGCCAACGCUGGCAAGUCUGUGUGGUGCUGGAAAUAAGGUUAUUUUUUUUACUUUUUAAAGGGGUUGGGGGCGUAAGCCACCAAAAUGGUGGUUAUAACACUAAAGGGUCAGGAAUACACGUUUGCUUUCCUGACCUUAUAGUGUUCCUGUAAGUUCCAGGUUACAUUUUCAAACCCAGGUCUAUGGAGUGGAUGGGACAAUUGAUGACUGCUCUCUUUCACAUAUGAGAGAUGUGUAGGAUCCCAUAACAAAUUUAUAAAUUGUUAGUGUGUAGUCUAAUUUACUGGUACUUUUUUGUUUUAAUGGUGAUUAAUCAAACAGUGCCUGAGCUUUACUACAUUUACUCCCCUCCCCGGCGCCCCCAUAAAAUUUGGUUCAAAAGCCUGCCGUUUAAUAUAUAAAAAAAAAAUUGUGUAUAUUUCUUUUCGUAUUAUAAAUGCUUAUUUCCUUCAUUCUCAGAAGAGGAAGAUGAUAUGGACUAUAAUCAGGCAUACACAGCUUCUGAAACAGAAGAGGAAAGCACUGCCCCAUCUAAAAAGGAGGUAAGAAUACUCCUACAUAUGCUCAAGCUACUGUAUAAUAAGUGGAAGAUGGUGGCAGACAAACGGAUUAGGAGGAUGUGAUGAAGUACACAUUAUCCUGCACAUAGUGGAAUCUUGAAAAGGAGUUUGCUUAUUGAUUGGGUGAAAAACUGGAUAAUUAAGAGGAUUAUUGUAGUUUGAGAACAUCUUCAAUAAAGGCUCCUAUUUUAUGUAUUCUUUACCAUUGCUUGGUUCAGUAGUUUAAUCCCUGAAACAGUUCUGAACUACU